AUGUGCAAUCCAUUAAUCGAAAAACGUCAAACUGUAUCAUGUUCAGUAAACAUGUUCAGGUGUGCAAAUAAGGAGUGUGUUGAUCCGGCAUCAAUUUGCGAUGGAGUCGCAGAUUGUUCAGAUAAGUCAGAUGAAACCCAAAGUUUGUGUGCUCCAUUUUUUAAAACAUGUCCAGGAUCUGCAUUUCGUUGUAAUUACGGUGCAUGUGUAAGUAAAAAUUCAAAAUGUAAUGGUAUGUACGAUUGUGUUGAUGGAUCAGAUGAAAAAUUACCUGAAUGUAAUAAAUUAGGCCUAAGUAUUUCUUCAAGCCCUACAAGACCGCAACAAACUCAAGAAACCAGUCAGGCUAAAUGCAUAAAUCUAGAGGAAUACCGCUGUUCAUCUGGCCAAUGUAUAGAUAUAACAUCCAUUUGUGAUGGAACUUCAGAUUGCAAUGACGGAUCUGACGAAACAUCAGAAUUGUGUAAAUCAAGGGUGUGUCCAACGAGUACGUUCAAGUGCAAGUAUGGUGCCUGUAUAAAUAAUGGAAAAAAAUGCGACGGUUUGCAGCAAUGCGCUGACGGUUCCGAUGAAGCAGACUGCAAUGGAAACUCAAAACCCAAACCUUUGACAUUAGUUAACCCAACUUCACAAAUCACGCAGAUGCCGACCACAACCUCGGCGCCGCAGUAUCAAACUAGUAGACCAACAACGCAGACCAAUAAUAUGAGAUCAUGCAUGGUACCAUAUAUCGAGGGCACUGUGUAUUCUUUAUUCGAAACUGAAUCAGAUCAAAAUUCUUCUUUAUCACCUGGGUCAUUUGUUGGUCCAAAUACUGUAGUUGAAGAGAGCUGCGAAGAAGGAUAUUAUAAAACGACUUCUAAUAGAAUUAUAAUUUGUUCAGGAAAUGGAAAUUGGAAACCAAAGGUUGAUAAAUUAUGUUUGAAAAGAUGUCCAUCCAUGUUUUCGGACAGUUUAGAUAUCGAAUGUAUUUUCCAUGAUAAAAAAGAUGAUUGUUCAAACCCAUCAAUACCGGGCACUAUAUUAACACCAAAAUGUAAAGUCACGCACACUGUACCAAAUGGUCAAAUCGAGACACCAAUUAAAUUACGUUGUCAACAAGAUGGGAAAUGGAGUGAUCAACUUUAUACAUGUAUCCCACAUUGUGGCCGACCAUAUACUCCAAACCAAGCAUUGAUUCUUAAUGGCGUUGAAGCUAAAUAUGGGUCAGCACCUUGGAAUGUUGGAGUGUAUCGAAAAUCUGCCAAAAAUAAUUUUAACAUGAUAUGUGGAGGAUCACUGAUUGCUACAAAUUUAGUUGUAUCUGCUGCUCAUUGUUUUUGGCAAGAAAAGUUGACGAGUAGAAUAUUAUUAAACCAUGGUACGUAUAAAGUUGGCGUUGGAAAGUAUAAGAGUGACAUUACAGUUAAGGACAAUGAAUUUACCCAGAUUGUCGAUGUGAGAUUGAUUUACUUGAGAGAAGGUUAUUAUGGUUCAUCCGGGUAUCAUGCUGAAGAUCUAGCUAUUAUUGUGUUAUCAAACAAAAUUACACUUAGCGAUGUAGUUUUGCCUGUUUGUGUGGACUGGUCUAAAAAAUAUUCCGUUUUAAAAGGAUCUAUUGGAAAAGUCGUCGGCUGGGGGCUAACAGAAAAAAUGGUAGGAAGUUCUGUUUUAUUAGAAGCUAAUAUACCAUAUAUCGACCAUCAGACUUGUCGGAAUAUGUACCAAAAUGGAUUUCAGUUCUUCGUUACUGUUGAUAAAUUCUGCGCCGGUACUAAAAGUGGACAAGGAGUUCAUCACGGUGAUAGUGGUGCCGGAUUUACCUUGGAACAUAGCUCUUUACAUUUUUUAACUGGAGUUGUGAGUGUAAAGGACGCUGCUACAAAUGAUUCAAUCGCAGUUUUUACAGAUGUUAGUCGCCACGUUACAUGGAUUCACGAAAUUUAUAAUAAUUAUACUUAUACAACUGACAGUUUUUUUAGGUCUAAUAAGAUAGGGCAGUAA